CUCUUUAAACCCACCGCUUCUUAGAUUUUGGUAUCCAUCUUUCCUCCUCUAACUCUUGGUACCUUUUCUCAUCGACCCAGUCUUACGAGAAAAUCCUACAAGUCGUAUACCACACCCUUUGAAGUAUGGGUCUCGGAAUCAAAGAACCCACAAACUACGACGGCGAUGUCACUGGAACCAUCAUGAUGAUGUCGAUGGAUGACAGCCAUCCCGCGUCCCCCGAUAUCCUUUCCAAGGUCACCUCCCACGACUCAGCCGCGUCCACCGUCAAGACCAACAAACAAGGCAUUGUGUUGUUUCCCCAGCCCCAUAACAACCCAAACGACCCCCUCAACUGGCCUAUUUGGCAGCGUGACCUCGCCUUGGUUGUCAUCGGCUUCCACAGUUUUAUUGUUGGCGGCCAGUCCCCGCUUCUCGCUGCGGGACUCACCACGAUUGGGGCUGAGUUCCACGCCUCUCCCUCCAAGGUGUCCUACUUGGUCGGUGGGUUCAUGCUUUCACUUGGCUUUGGCUCUGUAUUCGCCGCCCCUUCGGCAGUUCUCUACGGGAAGCGCGUGGUCUAUCUCGCGGGCAUCCUCAUCUUCAUGGGCGGCUCUAUCUGGGGUGCCUGUGCCAACAGUUUCGGUUCGCUUAUGGGUGCGCGUGUGCUCACAGGACUUGGUGCGUCCCCCUGCGAGUCUCUUCCGUCCGCUACGAUCGCAGAAAUCUACUUUGCCCACGAAAGAGCCUACCGCUUGGGUAUCUACACCAUGUUGCUCCUCGGGGGCAAGAACUUGGUGCCCAUGCUUGCGGGCUUUGUUUUCCAGAGCUUGAACCGCCACUGGCUCUACUGGAUCUUGACCAUCAUCUUGGGCAUUAAUCUUGUACUCACCUACUUCUUUGCUCCGGAAACCUUUUGGGACAGAACCCCGAUCCCCAACAAGGAGUCGCAGAAAGAGACGGAAAAAGCCAGAAAGGUUAGCAAGCGGAGAGGAAUGAACCUGUUGUAUCGCCACAGGCCGAAUUCGUUUGCUCUCAAGGACGGUGAGGAUGUCACAUCGUUGCAUUCCUCGGUGGCGGACCAAACGGCGAUUGAACCGGUGUUACAGCCAAUUGCAAUGACCGACUCUCGUCCAAUCGAGGCUGUUACGGGUCCAGCCGAAAGCACCACGAAAACACUUCCAACGGAUACAGAGAGAGCCUCCGGUACUCCGCCUAGAAAUUCCUUCUACCAGAAGCUCCGCAUCGUCAGUGGCCGCCAUACUGAAGACAAGUGGUGGAUGGUGGCCGUGCGCCCGUUUGUCCUCCUUUUAUAUCCCUCCGUGCUCUUUGGCGCCUUUCUCUACGCCUUUGCCGUCGUCUGGUUGAUCCUCAUCUCCGAAUCCGUCUCCCACUUGUUUACCAAACCGCCGUACAACUACUCUGUCAUCACCAUCGGCUUGUUCUACGUAUCGCCGUUUGUGGGCGGCACCUUGGGCUCCGCCGUGGCCGGGAAGAUCUCCGAUAUUUUGGUGCGUAAGCUCGUUGCCCGCAACAAUGGUACGUACGAACCAGAAUUUCGCUUGUUAAUGGUGGUACCCAUCUUCAUCGCUGUGUGCAUCGGGAUCAUGGGGUUCGGCUGGGCCACCGAGGUCCACGAUAAGUGGAUAGUUCCGGUUAUUUUCUUUGGCAUCUUGGGCUUUGGCUGUUCGCUUGCCUCCACCACUGCCAUAACUUAUACCGUAGACUCCUACAAAAUGUUUGCCGCCGAGGCAUUGGUGACGCUCAACGUCACCAAGAACGUGCUCGGGUUUUUGUUUUCCUUGUUUACCAACUCGUUUAUUGACCGAAAGGGGGCAAAGGAUGCCUUUGUCACCUUUGGGGGCAUACAGAUCUUUAUCUGUUUGUUUGCCAUUCCAUUAUACUUUUACGGGAAGCGGUGCAGACAUUGGACUGACGAGCGGGAGUUUAUGAAGUGGUUGUAUGUGAAGCGUCACCACGAGGCGAAGUGAGUCGUCGGUUCAUUUGUCUACCGACGUUUAGUUUAUGCCAUUCCCAAAUUUUCCAUUUAUUUUUCCUCAUCCACACUCGGCUUUCAGUCCAGCCAGAAGAUGGGACGGAAAGAUCUGCAUAGUCACCGCUUGCAUGCCGAACUUGGGCUAGACUGCCGUUUAAAUCAGCAGUGCUGGCAGGCCGAAUGACGGUGGGCCUGAGGCUUGCAUCUGCUUACAAUAUAGCGUUAGAAUGAAUUUCGAAAGUCUAAACGUUGCUUGCUCUACUCAUAAGGGCCAAUUCCAAGACCUCAUUACCUUCAGAUUGAAUAUCCCAGAUUUAUAUCUAUGUAAAAUAUGUCCUUGCGUAACCACAAAUCU